AAUUUGCAUUAUGUUUAAGUUCAACAUCAACAUAGUCGUACGCGAGUUCAUUUAAGAUGAUUAAUUUCAAUCAUUAGUGUAUUGUUUAUUGUUUUAUUUUCGUUCAUAUUUAUACGAGAAUACGUUGUUUAGUAAAUUUUUUCCUACGCGUGGGUCAAUAUUAUUAAUUUGAAAAAUAAUACUUACCUAUACCUACUCUUGAUCGCGAGUUUAUAGUUUUGGAAAAUUGUUUUCCAGGGUGCUUUUUUUUUACAUCGAGGGGGAAAUGUUUACGAAUUGAAAUUUUUUUUCAAAUAAUUAAGUUAUGCAUUCGAUAAGUGCUGGUUAUCACGAAGAAGCUGCCACUAAUUACCUGACGUCUUCUUCCGAUUUAACCAAUCAUCAGUCGCUGGAGAUUAUUUCUCAUUUACCGGAUCACGGAGUGGAUUCCCCAGAUGAUAAUUCUAUUUCACUAUCUUCGUUACCAGAUAAACGAGAAAUUGCUACCUCGCAAAAUGGAGAUGAUGUUUUACACGACCACGUUAACAUCGAGCACUUACCCGGUUCAGAUUACAAUCAGAAUCAAUCGCUGGAUGAUAAAGAAAGCUUAGCCAAAGUAAUAAAUCUGCAUAGUCCUUAUACGUUCUUAGCUCAUUUACCACCUGUAGCCUCAGUAUCCUCGGUUUCGCCAUCAUGUUCCUCAGUAGUAUGCUCGGCAGCUUCUUCUUUACCAUCGGUCACUUCAACGGCCAAUAUGAAUAUGAUACCUUCGGUGUCAAGGUCGCCGUCAUCAUUCAUCAAUCUUAGCAAAUGUCCUAGUAAUGUUCCGACGUCAUCGAGUCCUAAAAGAAAUACCUUACAUUCGCCCGGGCCCGGAUCGUCCGUAUCUGUGAAUGGUGUAUCAUCUACACCGACUCCGUCGUCAUCACCAUCGUCAACUGGUCCGAAAUCUAAGCCGCCGUAUUCGUACGUUGCUCUGAUCGCAAUGGCUAUCGAUAGUACUGAAAUGAAAAAAGCCACCUUGUCGCAGAUUUACGAUUAUAUCAGUACCAAUUUCCCGUAUUACGAUAAGAAUAAUAAAGGAUGGCAAAAUUCCAUACGUCAUAACUUAUCUCUCAACGAAUGUUUCCUCAAGAUACCCAGGGAAGGAGGACACGAGAAGAAAGGCAAUUAUUGGGCUCUAGAUCCAAUUUUCGAUAACAUGUUUGAAAACGGUAAUUUUAGAAGAAGACGAAGAAUGAAACGACCAAUACGGCAUAAUUUGUACCCAUACACGCCUCCGAAUAAGUCGUAUUUCGCUCAUAAUGCCAGAGACGCGUAUCAUCAUCAUAUUUCCGCAGCUAGAAAUAGUAUAUUUGGUCCUUCGACUCCGGCAUAUUCGAAUUAUCCGCCCGGGCAUGGAUGGCCCAACUCUCAGCUAUCUUAUUGCAGUACACCACCUCAUCAAUUUCCAGCCUCAAUGUAUUCUUCUCUACCGUCGCAAUUGCAGAAUCCAUUGCAAUCAGUUCCACCAAUGCAGCUAUCGCCGAUCAAUGGUUAUAAUACGUUAUCGCCUAAUUUAAAUGGAAACGCAUCGUUAUUCGCUGCUGGUUUCUCAACUCACAAUAAUUGCGAUCCAACUAGGAGAAGCGAUGGAUUUUUAACCGAUAGGCAUUGGUCUCCUGCGCCUGAUUUAAAUUUACCAUUGAAGGAAGAGUACAAUUUACCUCAAGAAACCGAAAGCCUUAGUCCAAAUUACGCGAAUUUCGAUUACGGAAUGAGCUUGGGUGCGAAUAAACCUCGUUGUUAUUUAUGACUCCAGAGAUAUUGCGGAUUUCGUUGAAUUAUUAGAUGCUGAUAAAAUUUUAAUUUACUGCCACCUCGAGUUCGUAAGAAUUUAUUAACCUCGCGGUUUAUAUAGAUAAUUUCGCGAAUUUACCAGCACUCGAUGGAUUAACAAUGACGUACUUUCUGUAAACCAAAUUUGUGUAUAUGAUUUAUAUUUCUCUGUGAUAUAUUUGUUUUUAUUGUGUAUCUUUUUGCCUUAUGUUUUUUCAACCCUAUUUUUUUUUCUUCGUAUUUUCUUUGUAGAAUUCGAUUAUUCAAUAUAGAUAUUUACGUGUUGAA